CAAUGCCACAGAAAGCGUGAUGAGCAGCAGCAUCACCUCGCAAAGGUUGUACAUACCCCACUUGAUGCAAACGCUAUCUUCCUGGAAUUUCACGCCAGUGCUAUUGGGGCCCACUGUGGGGUGGACAAGACUCUUCAUGCUAUCCUCCAGAGGUACUACUGGCCAGGUAUGAAGGCAGAUAUCACAAAAUGGAUUUCCCAGUGUGAUGCAUGUCAGAAAAAGAGGGCCUGUUUAAAAGAGAAGGCCCAGUACAAACAAAUACAGGUGUUAGAGCCUUUCAAACUGGUUGGGAUGGACCUGGUAGGCACACUUAAGUGUACCAACAAUGGUUACACGUACAUCUGUGUGAUGGUGGACUAUUUCACUAAAUGGCUGGAGGUCUAUCUGCUGAAGAGUAAAAAGGCAGAGGAAGUCACAAAGUGCAUAAUGGAUUUCUUUUAUAAGUACGGUGCACCAAAACGUAUCCUGACUGACCGAGGCAAAGAAUUUGUCAACAAAAUCAACCGGGACCUUUGUGAAAAACUUUGCAUAGAAAGAAGUCUUUGUGCGCCGUACCACCCACAGACAAAUGGCCUGGUUGAAAAACUUAAUGGAACCAUUCAAGGGGCUUUGAAAAAAAUGGUGCACCCAAGUGACUGGGAUUGCUACAUAAAACCAACAGUAUUUGGACUCCGCACUAAAAAACAGAUCACAACCAAAUAUUCCCCCUAUUUCCUGAUGUACUGAAGGGAGGCCCGUUAUCCCUCCGAAAUCCCAGACGUGUCAGAUCAGAGAGCAAAGAUCAAAGAGCAGGCAAAUGCUCUGACUCGAAAUGAGGACUUGUGCAUCCGAGCCUCACAACUCAAAGAUAUCCACGCUCAAGUAGAGGCCAAUAUUUUAGAUUCCCAAGAGAAGGUGCUGAAGAGAAAGAUGUCAAAGGGGGAAGAGGACAUCUUUACAGUGGUUGACAGAGUUCUCAGAAAAAACAUUCACCAAGAGCAAAGGAAAGGAGGGAAAAUGGAACCAGAUUUACUGGGACCUUUCGCCAUAGUAAACAUUGAGGGGAAAAGUGCAGAUCUACUUCAGUGUAAUGGCAGAACCAUAGAGAAAAUUAACAUUGAUCAUCUCAAAAGAUAUGUGGAACCACAGCCUCGAAUCCCUGCAAAAUGGAUUGCACUUUCCCCACUGAUUCCUCAGGCACAGCAGACCAGCUCUUGUUUGUCCCCUGCAGUACCUCAGAGCCUCAGUGAGACCAUAAGUCUGCAGUCUCCGAUCAAGAGCCUCAGUGAGACCAUAAGUCUGCAGUCUCCGAUCAAGAGCCUCAGUGACACAAUAAGUCUGCAGUCUCCGAUCAAGAGCCCCAAUGACUCAAUCUGUCAACACUCCCCCAUGGUACCCCAGCGCCUCAGUGAGACCCCAAGUCCACAAUCAGACCCCAUGUCCAGGGACACUGCUUCCUCCAGGACCAUCCCUGAAGAAUUAAUAGCUGACAUCUGGUCUGGCAAACGGCAAAGUGUGCUAUGGAGCAAAGUGGGACCAUACAAACUUUUUGCCAGAGACCUGCAAAAUCUGGCCCCUGGAAGGGAACUAGAGAGUGAGGUUUUGAAUGCAUUCAUUCAUGUCAUCAUUCAAAAGUUACAACAGGAACGUUUGAAAAGGUUUUAUCUUGUUGACUCCUUUGCAAUGAGUGCUCUGUGGCAUGGAUCAUUCCAAGGAUUAAAGAAGGUUGACCCAAUGGCCUACGAUGUCCUCUUAGGUCCUGUGUGUGACAACAGACAUUGGACACUUGUGGUCCUUUAUCCAAAGGAGAGGCUUGCACUUUACAUAGACCCUCUAGGAGAAACACCUGACCACAUAAUCAAAUGCAGGGAUGUAACACGAGCUUUCAUGAGGCACAAAAACAUACACAUCUCUAGAUGGACUUGUGACACAAUUAACCAUCCACGUCAGCAGGACGCAACAUCUUGUGGAGUAUUUGUGUGCAAGGGCCUGCGGGAAUGCCUACCAAAGUCCAGCAAGAAACAAAGAUGGCCGUGAUGGAUCCAGUGUACAGCUUGCAGCCUUUGGUUCCAUUUGAUUUGUGUUGGAAGGCCUCCAUUGGACCGAAACUACUACUCUCCAGCAUGUACACUGUAAAAGGGACUGUAUCUCUCAAUAGCCACAUACAUUCAUUGUUCAUUUACUAUUUGAAUUUUGGAAAUUGCUACUUAAUUUUUUAUACAUUGACUCAGAACCUGCCUCAUCAAAUGACUCUUCCAAAGUUUCAGUCCAAACCAAGGGCAACCUAUAGUAGACACAUUUACGAUUAAAUAUUAUAAAAGGAAUUCCGUUCAGACUAAAAUUGUGGGCGUGGC